AUCCCAUACAACUUACAACAACACCAAUUGACAUAUAAUGAAUCACGAUCCAUUCCAAUGGGGAAGACCCAGCAAUGAAACAUACGGAGCAUACAAUCACCAAAUUGCAAAUGCUGGUGUUCCUGACAAUACCACUCAUGCGUCCCUCGAUGCCUUUCCCAAGAUGCAUACUCAACAACCAAUUAUCACCGGUACAUCAGUAAUUGCCCUGAAAUUCAACAAUGGUAUAAUCAUGGCUGCCGACAAUGUCGGGUCUUAUGGAUCUCUUUUGAGAUUCUCUAAUAUUGAGAGAUUGAUCAAGGUUGGAUCAGAAACCGUCGUUGGUCUCUCUGGUGAUGUGUCCGAUAUGCAACAAAUUGAGAGAAUCUUGGAUGAAUUGGAAACUCUGGAAGAAGUUUAUGAUAAUGAUGGUGGAGAUUACCUUCGUGCUGCUAAUGUUCAUGAAUAUUUAUCUCGUGUAAUGUAUAAUCGAAGAUCGAAAAUGAACCCAUUGUGGAAUUCUAUUAUUGUUGGUGGGUUUUAUAGAGACAGAACUCCAUUCUUGAAAUAUGUUGAUUUAGUUGGUGUCACUUACAGUUCAUCAACCAUAGCCACUGGGUUUGGUUCUCAUUUGGCUAUUCCUUUAUUAAGAAAUUUAAUCCCGGAAGAUAAAGAUUAUGUCAAGGUUGAUGAACAACAAAUUACAAAAGUAGUUGAAGAUUCCAUGAGAGUUUUGUUUUAUCGUGAUGCUAGAUCUGGAGACAAGUAUUCUCAAGUCAUUAUUAAGUUGGAUGAGGAAGGCAAAGUGGUGUUUGAAUUCACCAAGGAAGUUAAGGUUGAGAAUCAAAGCUGGAGAUUCGCCAAAGAUAUUAGAGGGUACGGAAGUAGUCAACAAUAGUAGUGUAUAAUAGAUACGAAUAUAUAUAUCUGACAGCUAUUGACAAGUCGAACCAACGCACCCAGGUUAAUCUUGACGCUACCAUACGAGUUUGAUGUUCUUUUAUUGACAUUACUAUUUUUUUAAAAAAAUUGGAUUAUUUUCUAGUAAAAUUAUGGAUCGGAUCGAAACAAGAGUAUGUUUUCUAUAUCUAGUGGUCUGUUUACACAGCGUAAUGUAAUCUACCAUACGGAAACAAUUGUAGAACAUGACUAAUUAUUAGUCAUGUGAAAUAGCGCAUACUAUUUUAUAUCAAAAAUAUUACGCGAAGCACAUAUCUCCUGGUUUGAAUAAUAACAAAUAAUAGACGUAAUUACUUGAUUUGGCCGUACUUCAAUUUAAACGCGUUGCCAAGAAGACAAACAAUAGAAACACGUUGAACAGCU